CCAAACAAACGAAACUGAAGCGUUCGUCGUGCAUGGUUUCAUUUUAAUGGAGCAAAAUGGCAGAUGAAGUUUCACUCGAUCGGGAAUCUCUCAGAUGCUCCAUUUGUCUGGAUCUCCUCAGAAAUCCGGCGAUUAUUCCCUGUGGACACAGUUUCUGCACGGACUGUAUUGCAGGUGUGUGGGAUCGGGAUCGGGAUGUGUGCAGAUGCCCUCAAUGCAAACACACGUUUAACCACAGACCUGUUCUCAUUGACUGGCUCCACGUGAAGGAACUUACUGAGAAGCUGAUGAAGAUGAGAAGAAAGCAGGCUGAGGAUGAUGAAGAUGUGAGCUGUGACUCCUGCACCUCGAGAUCGAGUAAAGCCGUCAGAACCUGCCUCACCUGUCUCGCUUCUUACUGCGAGUCUCACCUGGAGAAACACAAUGAUCUGCACGGGUGGAGUAAACACCAGCUGACGGAUUCAGCCACGGAUCUCCACGGCAAAACCUGCUCUCAGCACGGCAAACUCAUCGAUGUUUUCUGUCGCACUGAUCAGCAGUGUGUCUGUCUGCUGUGUGCAAUACAUGAACACAAGAGUCACGACACCAUCUCAGCAUCUGACGAAAGAGCAGACAGACAGAGGAAGUUAAUGGAAACACGUGUGCAGUUUCUGCAGAACAUCCAAGACAGAGAGAAGGAUUUUAAAGAGCUAACGCAGGCGGACGAGACGAUCCGACGUUCAGCGCAGACGGCAGUCACAGAAAGUGAGCGAGUCUUCAGCGAGGUGGUGUCCAGCGUUCAGAAAACAUGCUGUCGUGUGAAGGAGCUGAUCGCAGAACAACAGAGAGCUGAACUCAGUCACAUUGAAGGACUUCAGGAGAAAGUCCAACAGAAGAUCGCUGGCAUGAAGAGGAAGGUGUCUGAGCUUGAUCAGCUUAUGACCUCUGAAGAUCACAUUCAUUUCCUGCAGAAUUACCCGUCUGACUGUGAAGAAUCCUCGUCUGAAGAAUUUGAAGAUCUUUCCAGCAUUUCUGAACAUCCAGAUGCUUUUUAUCACAACGUGAGGAUCCUGGUUUCUAAAAUGCAAGAGCGUUUGAUGAAUGUCACCAAAACGACAGAGAUCGAGAUCAAGAUCAAGUCUGCAAAAGUCUUGCCUCCUGUUGGAGGAACUGUAAAACUGUCUUCAACUCCAGCGUUUGGUAAAAAAGAUGAGCGGCGGUAUUGUGAUAUCAGCCGGGUGACAAACGAAGGCACAUCUAGUUCCAGUUCUGAUGGUAAUCCGCUUUCAACUGGCAGCGGCUUGUGUGGUUCUGUUCAGUUUGACCAGAAGGUUAUCUUCCGUUUUGGGGAGCCAGCAUUUAACUUCAGUUUUCAGGAUGUUCCCUCUAAAUCCUCAGAAGAAACAUAUGAGCCAUAUACGAGCCAAACAUAUGAGCCAGCUGUACCAUUACCUGAUCUUAUUGAGAUCUCGACUGGAGAGGAAAAUGAGCAAGUCGUUUUCAGUCACAGAGCCAAACUGUACCGCUUCGACAAAGAAUUAAUCGAGUGGAAGGAAAGAGGCGUCGGCGAACUUAAAAUACUUCAAAAUAAUAAACCCAGAAGUGCAAGACUCGUGAUGAGGAGAGAGCGGGUUCUGAAAUUAUGUGCAAACCACUGGAUUGCUCCAAAUAUGAAGCUCAAACCGAUGAAAGCGAGCGGGAAAGCGUGGACGUGGAAUGCCGUGGACUUUGCUGAUGGAGGAGGCGUGGGUCAGACGUUAGCGGUGCGGUUUAAACUGCAGGAGUCGGCCGAUGCCUUCAGGGAAGUCUUUGAGGAAGCCGUGGCCACUGCAUCCAGUGUAUCAGAAACAGGUGAGCGUCUGUAAUCCUGCAUAUUUGCUGAAUUAAAGGGAUAGUUCACUUUGAAAUUAAUUUUUGGUAUGUUUUAGCUCACCUCAAGGGCAUCCAAGAUGUAGGUGUCUUUGUUUCCACAGUAGUUUCAAUUUUGAUAUUUUUAGGUCAAACCGUUCUUGUCUGUCAGUCAUAUAAUGCAGGUCUAUGGUCACCACCUCAAAGAGCAUGCACAGAGAAGUCCAAAUUAAACAUGAUUUAAUGACUCGUAAAUGUAAGUACACAUUGAUGGCCUA